ACAACAACAAAAAAAACACUCUUUCAUCAAGAAAAAAAAAAAAAAAACCCCAUAUCAGAUCAAAAUCACCACCAGAAAAAAUACUAAUUUCGCAGAGUUCAAACUUCAAACCAUUAUUAAUGGGGGACUCGUCUCAGAAGAAAGCCAGAAGAAACGCAAUAACACAUAAAGCAUGGAGUCUCGUGAGGAUGGCUCUUCUAUGGGGAAGAAGAGGUGGAGUUUUCAAAAGAUGGCCUUUGUUCCAACUACGUAGCUUGUUCUCCAAGCAUCUCAAAGCCCUAGCUCAUCUCCAUCAUCAUCAUAGUAGUAGCAAUUACGGUGACCGUUAUUACGGAGAACGCCAGCUUUCAUUUGAUGAAACGCCGUUAUUUCACGUCAAGAAGAAGAAGAUGCAUCGUCCUACGACGUCGUCUAUGAGGUUCCUCCUCCUCCUCCCCUGCAUUGCUCCUCCCGUAGAGUUUGACUACGACUUUGAAAUGGACCGUCAAGAUUAUUCCGAUGAGGUAAAAUCGUACGGCUACGAUGAAUCUUGGAGGGAAGAGGAGGAUGAUGAGGAAGAAGAGAAAGGGGUGGACGUGAGAGCAGAGGAGUUCAUUGCUAAGUUCUAUGAGCAAAUCAAGUUGCAGAGACAAGAAUACAAACAACACAACGACGCCGUAUCACUAUAG